AUGCUUACCAGCAAUUCGAGCCAGUAUUCCAUUUUCGUUGCCUUGCUAAAACUGUGUGGACGUGCUAAUCGCAUUUUUGUUGUUCGUUCUAUUUCGGCUGUUGAGGCUCUGAUAAAAAUGGGGCUUCCUGCCCCGUUACUAGUGCAUCAGGGCAUCGAUCUGCAAGAAGAAGAAAAUCUUUUGCUAGGAAAAUUCCUUUUGGUGGCCAUAGCCGAUGCCUCACAAGAGGUCCGCUCAAAUGCCGUUGCAGCGUUUAAAAUAUACCGGUCAAAGUUUCCGGAUUUCGCUUCAAGGUUGGAUUUUGUUUAUAGCUUUGCUAGGUUUCUCGAAACUGCCUCACCGCAUGCUCUUAAGGUUUUGCAAAUCAAGGUCAAUUUAUCUGGAGGCACCACUCCUUCUGUUUUGAGAAGGACUGAACUUUUUCGAAGAUCAGCGUCCGCCUCGACCUCUGCCCAGCAUACCCAGUUGAAUGAAAAAAACUACAUUGUUGGCUCUAAUUCAAAGCUUCAAGGAUCAAAUGCAGCUGACGACGUUAUCAUUUUCUCUGCGCCAUCAAAUGCCAACCCAAGCGGCGGGGGAAGAUUUGGUGCUUCCGUACGGAUUUCUAAACCGCCAUCGCCAGAGCCAUGCUUGGUUAGCGGGUUUAGCACGAUGCAACCACCCUCCUUUGAGGCUCAUCACAAUCUUAAAACGCCCGCCGUUGUUACUAAGACCAGGGUUUCAUCUAUUGAGUCUGGAGCGGCGAGAAUUCCGCUUCCUAGACCAUCCGGCUCGAUAUUUAUUUCACCGCCAUCAAGAGACCCUUGUAUGCAAAGCUCAGCCAGCACUAUGCCAAAGUUAAAUGAGGAGGAAGAUUUUCGGCCACCCGUCAUUGAUUCUUCGCUCCUUUUUCCGCUGAAAAGCGCAAAAUGGGAAGUUAGGGCCAAUGUGCUUGGCACUCUUAAGCAGCUUUUCUCCAAACGUGGCCAAAUUUGUUCGGUUGAAAAGCUGACUAAAAUCAUACCGCUUCUUGUCGAUAUCUGCCUUUAUGAUAAACAUGCCAAAGUUGUAUUUUUGGCUUUUGAUGCUCUUGAAGCUAUGCUUGCUCCUUUUGCAUGCUGUCAGGCCCCUGGGGACUUGACGGCUAUUCUCCAUUCGAUCAGUGGCCGAUUGUGUGAAUUAAUUGUAAAAGGAUUCCAAACUGCCUUGGCAAAAGGGGAGCGAAUCAAUAAUAUUUCCUAUCCAGUGGCCCUCAAUUCGUCUUCCAUUGUAAAGCUAAUUUCGCUGCUGCUUCAUUUGGAUGUUACGGCUAUGAAUUGCCGCGCAGGGUUGUAUUUAAUCUCGGGCAUUAAAUGUAAUUCAUUUGCUUCCUCGCAAAGCUUUAGAUCUACUUUGCUUGGAACUGUGAUCCCUGCUGUUAUUGCUCUUCUUCCACUGGCGGUAUGCAAUUCAAGAGUGAAGAAUAUCCUAGAUUGCCUGAUCUCUUGUAAUACCCUUUUUUCGGACAAGAGCUUACGUCCUCACAUUGACAAAUUACUCGCCUCUUUUUUGAUUAAAUCCCAUGCGGUAGUAUUGGCGUCGUCAAAUAGAGACCCCAGGCUUUCUAUGAUAAUUAAAGGCCUUCCCUCUGCCCUUUUGCAUGCUACACAAGAGAUGCAGGAGAAUAUCCUACUCGAAGAAAGUCUGUCGUUGUCUGUUUCUGCAGCCGAAAAUGAACCUCUGAUUGAGGAAUCUGUGCAAUCGUACAGACCAACCAGCCAUGAAGUGCCUUGCAUUGCCACUUUUCAUGCCGAUUCACAUAAUCAUACGAAGGAAAGUGCGGGUGUUCAGAAACUUGGGGAUGAAAUGGAUACCAGCACAAGCCCGAACGCAAAUGUGGCAACUUCAGUUGAGAGUCCAAUUGUAGCAAAUGAAGUGCAUAUGGCUGCCUCAAUUUUGCAAGACAACUUGGGCUCCAGUCAAUCGCCACUCCACGCUAUCGUUGGCAAAGAAGCUACCAUGAACCAUGAUCAACCACAUCCCAAUCAGGACGCAUUUGCAAACGAAGCUGCUCGGUAUGAUAUCACUAAUGAAUGCGAUAUCACUAAUGGAUGCGAUAUCACUAACGAAUGCGAUAUCACAGAUGGAGAUGUGUUCAUCAAUGAAAACUUGACGGUUAUUCUUGAUCCCUCGCAGUUGGAAGGAUUUUAUGAACAUAUUGGCGAGUAUUCUUUGCCACACCUUGACACUGCAUUGGAGCCUUCCAACAUACCGAUUCACAUGUAA